AUGGAAGAACUACUGUUUUAUAAAAACCUAGAAACAAUUAAUUUAAUGAAUUUUCAAUUGAAACAGCUUUGUCUUGGGACAGGUUUAUGGACAAGCCCCAGCUUCCGAAACUGUAUUGAGAAACCGAACACUGCAGUGAAAGUGGCUAUCUGCAUAGUUAAUAAAAUUAAGUCAAGUGCUGUGAAUAUAAGUCAGUGGCUUUCGAAGGGCAAUAUGCUUAGCAGGCAGUCUGAAUUGAAAUCAGAUCAGGAACUAUUUCUUUUAAGCCAAGGGAAAACUGAGGUUUAUCAUUUAUUGUCUGAUGACAGCUUUAUAUUUUCCCUAGCUUACCUUGCAGACUUCUUUGUAACACUGAAUAAUCUGAGUCCGAAACUACAAGCUACAAUAAUGGAUGGCAAUAAUACUGUAAUGGCCUGGUUGGAAAAGACACAACUAUUAAAGAGUCAUGGGCAAUGGUGUGAUGUCAGUGAAUGGAUAGUCGUCAGCAGUGAGCACGAAGAACUGCUCCAAAAAGAUUUCGAGCGUUAUUUUCUUCAAUUGUCUUUGGAAGGAUGUCAGCAAGAUCACUCUUCACAACUGAUAUGCAUGUACUUCCUGAUAAAAUUCAGAGUGGCAGAUGAAGCCUUACAGGCCCUCAUCCGGUUCUCUUCUCCUUACCUAUGUGAGAAUGGAUUCUUGACACUAGCCAUCCUGAAAAUAAACCACCACAGUCUCCUCAAAAUGGAGACUGAUCUUAGACAUGCUACGUCUGCUGCUCUCUACUGUGAUCCACACCUGGAUAAGGUUCUUCCCCUCCUAUUUCAAGUAAAAACUCAAAUUUAUUUGCUACUGUAA